AGUUGCCCUUGUGGGGGACAAUGUUAACUUUACAUGUAAAGCUAUUGGUAAACCACCUCCAGAUACAUACUCAUGGUAUAAGAAUGGCAAAGAAAUGACAUCAACUGGAAGUAAUACAAACACACUAAUCAUACAAUCUGUGACAACCAAUGACAGUGCUUCCUACAUGUGUCUAGCACAGUCUGACUUUAGUGUUGCCUACUCUAAUCCUGCUACACUCCUUGUCAGAGAUGAUGGUGAGAGUUUUUGUAAUUCAACACCAAUAUCACAUCUUAAAUCACUUCCAAAGGACUGUCCACAAGACGGUGAAACGCCCUACCAUUAUGAUGUUAAGAAAUGCCU